CCUGGCGCAGGAUCGGUUCCAAGCGAGGAUGUGGUAGGGUUCUUCAACCAAUGCGCUUCUCCAUAGAUCAGAGAAACUUGGUCUUUUCCUCAACUAGUCCAGGUUGAAUGUUCUGUUAUUUUGUUGAUGUCUUUGUGAGUGAUAUCUAGAAAUUGAUAACUAUUUCAUAUAUAAUUUUAAAAGAUUGCAUAUCCUUUUUCUUAAGAUUUUCAUCCUGUUUAUUUAGAUUUGUGAAUUGGCGUAAAUUGUAUCUUUUUUUCCCAUUAACCGUAAGCACUAACCUAACAAAAUAUGUUAAUCUAACAUAAUAAAACAGGGGAUCGAAGAGGUGUUAAUGACCACCAUGGUCAGAUGAUGCUGAGUGGAAGAGGCUAGUUCUUCUCAGUGGAUGUGAAGGGUAUCUUGAAUUUAAUCCCUAGCCUCUAGUAGAGUUCAUAACGUUCCACUGAAUGUUCUCUCUUGAACAAUAUGAUGAUUUUUGUUGCUUCAUGAGUGGUCAGGAUUGACCUCCUCUUUGGAGGAGGUCUGUGAGAUGGUCGGUUAAUUGAAAUAGUGGGAUCAUCCUCUUCAGGCAAAAACGCAAGUAAGAAUGUUAGUGGUUUUACCCCCACCUAAAAUUACUAGCAUUCAGAAUCAAUCUGUAGGAAAUUCUCCCUUAUAUGAUCUACCUAUUACAGGUGAGUAUUCUACUAAUGGGGUCUCCAGUAUUCACUUUCUUGUUAAACUAUUGGAAUCUUCAAUGCAGUCAUAAGCUUUUUGUCAUUUGAUUCACCAAUCAUGCUAUCCAGAUUUGUUUUCACUCUGCAUUGGGUGUUGCAGACAUGCAUUUGGGUGUUAUUUUGAUAUUGGAUACUCCGCAACUCUUUUUCCCUAAACUGUCACGGAUAUGGGUAAUCUAAAGUAUGAGGUAUGACACUUUGGUUGGAGAGAUCAAAUCCUAUACCUUCUUGUUUCUGCUUUAGAUUUGAUCUGUAUUCUUUAUAUGAACAUUGAUUAUCUAUAGCAGUCAUUCAAGUAUGAAUUAUGUAAAUGAUAAUCUGGGACAUACUUGUAUUGUGCAAAUUUGAAAUUUCAUAUCUUUUCAUGGUUGAUAUUGAUUGCUAUUUUCCCAUUGUAGGCUGAAGAAAGUAGGCUUAAGAAGACUAUGAGCUACGUACUAUGCCAGUAAUUAUUUGACAUCUUUGAGUUGUUGGUUGUUCUGUGUCAAGCUGAAUGCAUACUGAAACAUCAAGUUCUUUUACUGCACAAUAAUUACAAAUGGAGUUUGGUAGCUGGUCUUCAAAUGCAUUGAACAUUUUUAACAAUGGUUCAUCUAGAAAGUGGUGGCAGCAGGAGACACUUUCUAAUCUUUGAUUCAUUAUCAUCACUAAUAAAACUUGUCCUUGAAGACAAAAUUCACACGGUAUACACCUACUACCAUGGUGACAUUGCUUCCCAACUGAAUCAGAUCUAUUUUCAUGGAGCUGAUUGGUAUCACCGUAUGGAAUUUCUCAUAUGCAUUUAAUGUCAACAUAUGAUGGUCUUAACUAAAAACUUAUGUGCUGCAUCAACUGCAAUCUAGUUAGUGUAGAUGGUAUUGUCAUCUAAUUGGGAGGCAACCUUAAUUUGUGUUUUCUCACAUGCCUUCUGAUUAAUUUGGCAUAAGUUCUAUUCUUAUGAAACUACUUAUUAAUCUGUGCUCGAGUACCUUUAUAUGAUAUCAUAUGUAGUGGUCAAGUCUACUGUUCUAGAAUGUUAGAUCUAAGAUGCUAUUCUUGCAAAUCCCGAAGGUUGUCAAUGCAAGAGAAAAGUAUAAAAUCAUGUCAUUGGUGUGUGCUGGUUCAUAUCAAUUCCUCUCAGUUUGGUGGAAAUUGGAAACAUAAGUCGAUACCUAGGUUGACCUAAAUUUUGCACAUGGAUCACAUCCUGAUUCUUCAUCUAACAAUAUGUGUCAGCUGAUAUAGGACUCAGAAGAAAACCAACGUUUCUUUCAGUGGCUGAUAACCCCAAUAGGAAUAUUUGUUUAGGUCAAAUAGUUAUAAAUUUGUAUGCAUGUAAAUAAUUCAUUUUUCUGAACUAAUUACGUAAGUCAUAUUGCUGUGAGUUCUUCAAGCUUAUUAGAUUAAAACGCAGGAUGGUUGUUGAUGAUUUCAACUGCAAUUCGUUCAAAGAAAAUAGCCAAUGAACACAAUCUAUCAGUUCCAAGUAAAUACAAUAAUGUCAGAUGUUGCAUAUUGCUUAGCUAUAUAACUUUUUUCUCGACUUUUCUAUAGUGAGAUGCAUGCUAAGCCGAUUGUGGUAUAGGUAGUGAUUUCAUUUCACCAGUUGACACCUUUAUUUAUGAUUUUAAGGAAGAUUGCUGAAUUUUUAACUGUGAACUGUCUAUGAUGAUUUUCCAUUCUUGAGCAUGACAAAGUUAAUUUCGGCUGAAGCAAACUAAGUCAGCCAAGGGAAGCUGCUUCAAAUGAUUUCUGGUGACUAAACUGAACACAUUAGGAAGGAAUUUGGUUUUUCUCCCUUUAGCUACUGAAAGUAGCCCCCUGAUUGACAUAGGAAAAAAAUGUUAUUAUUUACUGUUAGAAUGUAAACGUCUCUUGCAGUUUGUACCUUUGGGACAGCCGUGCACUAGCAAGAAUGAUCACAACUAUUUUCUAAUUGACGUCAAUCAUAUGAUCGCAGGGGAAGGAAGUCUGAAGCCAGAUACGGGUAAGAAUUGGAAGAGCAUUUUACAUGUGUGACUCUUGCUUUCUCCUGAUUAUGGGAGCACCAUUUUAAUGUUUCUAUAAUCAGGAGAAAGCAAGAGUCACACCAUCACACCAUCACACUAAAUAUCUCUUAUCUAUUUGUCUUUCAGUUAUGACACCUGAAACACAUCUCUCUGCACACUAUUUUCUCCAUAUUUGAUGGUUCACAAAAUUCUUUCAUAAUGGACUAUAGAGGCAUAUCAGCAGACAUAUUUUCUUGAUUAUUCUACUACUACUGUCAAAAUACUAUGAUAAUUUUAUUGUGAUUAUGUUGCAUUUCCUUGUAGAACAUAAGAAAAAUAUUCAUUUUGGUGACCUACACAUGACCAUUUUAAAUUUACUCUCUGUUGUGAAACUACUUAGUUACUUGAUCGAGUCAUUUAUACUUUGUAAUUUUGAUUAAAGCACUAGAGUUACAGGCGCCUAUCUUUUGUCUAUUGACUUGAUUUCAGCUAGUAUUGAACGUAAAUCAGGCAGAUGUAAAAAUUCAUGUAUUCGCUACUUCUAUAAGCAUUCUGCUUUAGAUGUAUCCAAUCCCUAAAUCGUAUGAAUUCCAUUCCACCAUUCUUAUUCAAUUUACAGGUUAGUUAGCUUCGGUGUUCCUCACUCUGAUACAUUAGGAGAACUAAUGAAGCCUGAUGGGUAGGUCUUACAGAAUAUCUGAUCUUUGUUCCACCACUGAUUAUAUCAAUGAUGGACAUGGGAGCAGCAAUAUUUGCUACUCCACAUAUCAUCUCUCUCCGUGCACCUGAUAUUUUUCUUUCAACUGUUGGAUUAAUCAUUAGUCUAAUGGUACGCAAGCCCAUACGUAAUCGAACCAUAAAAAUUGGCACUUUAGGCUUAUCUAAAAUUCAAGACCUUUGGUAAGUUGUACUUAUCUGUCUUCCUCAAUCUUUUUGAAAUCCAUCUUCCUUGGUAGUACAGCAAAAUUUGUGAUCCACAAUUGAAGGUGGCCAGGAGCAACUUCUUGUUUGAAAUCCAUCUUCCUUGGUAGUACAGCAAAAUUUGUGAUCCACAAUUGAAGGUGGCCAGGAUCAACUUCUUGUUUGAAAUCCAUCUUCCUUGGUAGUACAGCAAAAUUUGUGAUCCACAAUUGAAGGUGGCCAGGAGCAACUUCUUGUUUGAAAUCCAUCUUCCUUGGUAGUACAGCAAAAUUUGUGAUCCACAAUUGAGGGUGGCCAGGAGCAACUUUGGAUAUGAUGAGAGGACGAGAAGAGAUGAAGAGAAGGGAUUGGAAGCUCAAGCAGGGCUUCUUCCAACUCCAGAAUGAUAAUGGGAAUAUCUCAAUGAAUGGGUAUGAGCUGAUUCCUCUCCUUUCGUUAGCAAGCGCAGUCCUUUUGCUUUUUUUUUUUUUGUCCUUUUGUACAGGUGAAGGGCCCCCCGAAUGAGUAGUCGUUGUGAUGUAGAUGGAAGAAGAUGUCAGUACUGAGAAAAGAUUCGAUUUUUACCUGAAGUCCGGAUAAAGUGGAAUCUUAUGCUAUGUUCUUCCGUAGCCCAUAAUUGAACCGAGUCCUGCACGCAUACCACAACAAACAGGUGGAGAGCAAGAGAUCCGUAAGAGUGGCAGAAAUUUUGAAGGAGAAGGAAGAUUUGAAGCCAUGUAAUCGUGUCUGAUGCUCCUCCUCUUCAUCAGGAUGGCUACGAGCUAUUGCUGCAAGUGUGAUACAGUUCAGAGCGUCAGAUGUGUGUGCGUGACAAUUCUACUCAGUGGCCGGUAGGUGCCAUGGGGCCCAUGCCAUGUGGCUGCUCUUGGACCUUGCCCAUUGUCUCAACCUUGGAGCUGAGGGCAUCAACAGCAACCUCACCGCAACGAAACAGGAAGCCACAGUGAUGGGGACGCGGAGAAGAAGACGAGCCUGGCAACGAAUUGGCUCGUCUGACGCGGAUGCAUCGCUUCAUAAGGAACCGCACCUAUAUGCAGCUACGUCACAGGUACCCUUCCUCAAGUAUAAAACCGUCUACGUUACAGAACGCCACCAUUCUAUACUCUAUGUUGAAGGAGAAAACUUUAUUGGAUAUUAAGCAUUUAUUGUGCUUUUUUAUCUUUGUUUAAAUGCUUUGUUCCAAGUUUGUGAGUGUCCUUAUUUGUCUGAUCAUAUUGUUCCGCUGUCUUUCUGUUGCUUGUUCAAUUUGCGUUUGAAUGUUUAUAUAGCGAUCGCGCACGUUUGCUCGUCCACUCUCUUUUUUGGCUAGAUAUACUGAAUCUUCGCCUGCUUCUUUCCUGUUCCCGAGUCCACGAAGAUUCUGAUGUGCCAUGCUCUUAUUGGCUUGUUCCUGAGACAGAGCGAAUCUAACACAGUUACUCCGUCGCCGCUGUCGAGAAGGCUACGUGGUUCGUGAGAUCUCCCUCAUCUCUUCUCCGCCAAUGGCCUCUCGUCUCCCACGUGAUCCCUGGCCCACGUCCUCGAAUGCCCUCCUGCCCGCACUCUACUUAUCGCCUUCCUCUUAGUUCUUCAUACUCUGCAACGCUGAAGCUUGCAGUGAUCGUGAUAGCAAGUGAGUCAUGGGCGAAUCAUCAUCAGCCUCCUACAUCCGCAUGGUGCAACAUCUGAUCGAGCAAUGCCUCGUCUUCCACAUGAGCAAGGACGAGUGCAUGGAGGCGCUCGCCAAGCACGCCGACAUAAAGCCCGUCAUCACUUCCACCGGUAUCCCAUCAUCCAUCAUCUUUCGUUUCAUGGAGCAUGAGAUAUAUGGUGUCGUGUCAUGUGUCGCAGUCUGGAAGGAGUUAGAGAAGGAGAACAAGGAGUUCUUCCAGGCGUACAUGAAAGAUCAAGCGGAGAAGGCCAUGGAGAUGGAGGCCGCGCAGAGGAUACAGAAGAUGCUAUCCGAGUCGGCCGCCAAAGAUUCGGAGAAGGAAGACUAAGAUCAGAACCCUCCAAUGCCGUCGCCAUCAGUAACCUCCAUGAAUUCUUAGUUAGUAUCACGUCUGUCGCGAUCGCGGCAAGAAGAUCGAGUCUAAUGUAUGGGCCGUGGAAUGGUGAGGAAGAAGUCUGUGGUGGUGUGCAUGGAAUCUGGGGUGUGGAGUAGUACGUACAUGUGUAAGCAUGGGGAUGGCUGAUCCCUCUAGAUGUAUAGGAUUCGCUAAACCUAAUUCGUACGCCGGUAAGCCAUCGUCAUCAGACCUGUCACGCUUUUCUGGGGGCAGCUUUCAGAUGAAUAAGACGUCAACGGUGGCUCUUCUUUUC